GAAUAAAAUAAAAUUUUUCUUCUCAUCCCUUCUAUCUUUUUCUUAUUUCUUUCUUUUUUUUUUAUCCUUUUCUUUCUUUUUGCUUACUUUUCCGUUUAUUUCUGUUUACUGUUUUGCAACAAAUAAAACUACACAAAUUUAUUAAAAAGAAAAAAAGAAAUGGAUGAUACUCUAACACGAUAUGAAGAGAGUCUGGAAGCAUUAGAAAAACAAAGAGAAAGUCUUGAACUUGUUAUGCGAAAAAUGGGUGCUGAAUGGGAAGAAAGUGGAGCUGGUAUUGGGUGGAUGGGCAAUUUGACCUUGAAUUCAAACUCCACCAUGGCAGCAUCUAAUAUAGUGGCAACUAGCACGAAUCAGAACAAGAGUUUUUCCAGUGCAUUACCAACACCCCUAUUUCACUUGAUUCAAUCCUCGACUGCUGAACCUUCACAUGAUUACUUACAAACUUUGCUUAAUGUCAACGAAGAAAUUCUUGCUGAAAGCUUAGCUGCCUCUUCUUCACCGCCUACAUUACUUAUAGAUGAUACCCAUGACAAUCAACUACUACACCAUCCUGUUAUACAAAAUGAAGUUUCCCCUCCCCCUCCUCCCCCAUUGGCUAUAAUGUCUCCUCCUUUAUCCAACCAGGGUGAACGUGCGCUAUUAUUAACCCCAACCCAAUUGUUUACACCACCUAUUACACCACCCGAAGAAUAAUACUAUUGUAAUAAUAUAUAAAAAAGACGAGAAUAUAAAAAAAUUUUUUGUACAUAUAUAUUUAGUAUUACUAAACGUUUCUGAUAAGUAGUUUCAUAAAGAUACACACACAUGUUUAUCUGUAAUAUAGUACACUAAGACUUUUAAAGUAUUAAUUUAGAGAUCGACAUGAUUUUAGCUUGAU